AUGAACACGAGGCAAGAAAAUCGCUCAAAGCUAGCUUUCUUUUUACAGCCAAAGGUAUAAAUAAAUAAAACAAAACUGAAUGCAGGGCUGGCACAACGGCAAAGGGCUGAUUUAUUAUAGGCCAAUAUUUCGGCUAACAAAAUUAGCCUUCCUCAGGGCCAGAGCUUUACGGCUAAUUUUGUAGCUUGUUUACCUUCUCCAUGAAACAUGAAAUUAGGCAUUUUCACGUCGUAGUCGUGCAGUGACGGCAAAGAAAUGUGAAAAAAGUGUGAUGCAUGUGCAAAGUUGUUGUUUUGCUAAUCAAACCUAUUGCUUUUUUGCCGUUCUCGUUGCCGUCGCCGUCGUCGUUGCUAAAGCUCCCUAAUGACCUCCGUAGAACGUACAGUCUAAGUCAUGGGCAGAGAUUAUGUCUUGCAUAGCUGCUGAAAGCCGUUAAUUAAAGGGGUCCUAGAGUCGAUGCUUGUGGAACUACAAAUGUUUUGCCUUCGACCGCCAGAUGUCGUGCUACCAAAAAUAACAGAUUGUGUCCUGCCCGUACGAUAAGACGAAAACCAUUAUAGCACUGUGUGGGAAAAACCGAAUAAAUUUCUGAGUCUCUCCACAAGUAUGGUAUUGUCCAAGGUGUUAUUUCAUGAAUAUCAAGCAUUGUCAUAAAAGAACGUCUUGUCAACAAUCAGUAUUCCCCAGAACAUCAUUGAUUACUCGCAGCAGAGCAGUCGUUUACGGUAGGCGGAUUGCAUAGAAAGCAUUGAAGCACUUUUUCUCCAAGUAUUAAUGUGACAACCUUCUCGAUCCUUUUGGUUUUGGCUACAGGUCUGUAUCUUUUAAAAUAUUUUUGUUAAGGACUGGCUUCUCCAAGACUGGGUGUAUCAGGGACUCUUUAACAGCAGAAGAGAAUUCUCAAGAGUUUAAAGAUAACUGCUAUGACUCAGUGAUACUAUAGCGUCAAGCUUAAGGUGAUUGAGAAUUGAGGCAGGGUCGAGUGAAUUUGAUUAAAAUUUGAGAAAUGAUGUGAUAAUAUGUCUAACGGUGUUAAAACUUGAUCGAGAUUUUGAACAAGUACACUGAGGCAUCUUAGAGAGUCGUUAGCCAUAGCGUGAUCUUCACAAAUCCUUUCUAACUCAUUCCUGAGGCUCCGAAUCCUUUUGUACAUAAAAGCAAUUGAAAUUUGUAGAUAGGGAAUCCAGAGAAUAUAUAGAAAUCCACUGCAGACUUGUGGACAGUCCAUCAACAGCCUGCUGUUGCUUGCUUGGUCAAUUUUGGCUUUGAAAUAAUCUGAAUAGAUUAUGUAGAGUUGGUUUCUAUAAAAAUUGUUUAUGAACAGCAAGGAGGGAUAUUCUAAACGUUCUCUGGCUCUAGGCGAUGGGAAACGCAAGUGUUUAUUAUAUCAAGCAGACCCCAGUGGGUCGAUGGUCGAUCCAUCUUGUUUAAUUUACUAGACUUAUGCGUUCCGGUAGGUAGGUAAUGAUCUUUAGAUAAACUUAACAAGGUCAAUGUCUUUUCAAGUUGUUUAUAAAAACUUUACAAUUUGAAGUUGUCCUAAGAGAAUCUGGAAUUGCGUUCCAUAAUUUUUGCGGCUAAGUGACGCCAAGAUUUUAGGCCAUUAUGAGGUUGUUUUAGGCUUAGGUAAGAUCAAUAUAUUGUUGCCUGUUGCCCCUAACUUUCCUACAGCUAAUUAAUUCCCUAAUACAUAGUGGCGCAUUGUUGCUGUGCAUGACUUUAAAUACAGAUGUUACAGUUUUAAUGAGUCUUUGGUUUUGAAAAGUCGCGAGGCAUAGUUGCCUCAAUAGAUCUCAAUAGUUCUUCAUAUUAACGUGGUCUGAACCUAUUUAUUCAGCAUAAAGUUGUUAUUCUUAUAUUGCGAACCGUAUUCGCUGUAUAUUUCUGAUUACUCAGUUUCUUGCAACUGAAGCUUUGGGCAAGAAUACCCUUGCAGAUAGGAGAUAGUACCCCAGCAGUCUUCCUCUAUUCGUGCGUCAACUUUCACAAAUGUGUUAGCGUUGCAUUUCAAGGUUAAAUUUGACCAGUUAUUCGUGCAGCAAGUUCUACGAUCACGAUUGACUUCAAACUUGCAGAUAUAAACCUAGAGAAAUCUGAGGCUUAUUUGCCGAAGUUAGAGAAAAAUCUGUCUUAACGUUUCGAAAUUAUUGACAUUUUUUGUAAAAAUACGGUUUUAAAUAUUUAACAAUUAUUCUUUGAAAUCGAGGUGAAUAGUGGCUAAAUAUUUACCGAGCCGCGAAAGCGGCGAGGUAAAUAUUCCCAAAGCCACUAUUCACCGAGAUUGAAAAGAAUAAUUGUUUUAGUAUUAUCUUAGAGAGUCGUUAGCCAUAGCGUGAUCUUCACAAAUCCUUUCUAACUCAUUCCUGAGGCUCCGAAUCCUUUUGUACAUAAAAGCAAUUGAAAUUUGUAGAUAGGGAAUCCAGAGAAUAUAUAGAAAUUCCCUGCAGACUUGUGGACAGUCCAUCAACAGCCUGCUGUUACUUGCUUGGUCAAUUUUGGCUUUGAAAUAAUCUGAACAGAUUAUCUAGAGUUGGUUUCUAUAAAAAUUGUUUAUGAACAGCAAGGCGGGAUAUUCUAAACAUUCUCCGGCUCUAGGCGAUGGGAAACGCAAGUGUUGAUUAUGUCAAGCAGCUCAGACCCCAGUGGGUCGAUGGUUGAUCCAUCUCGUUUAAUUUACUAGACUUAUGCGUUCCGGUAGGUAGGUAAUGAUCUUUAGAUAAACUUAACAAGGUCAAUGUCUUUUUAAGUUGUUUAUAAAAACUUUACAGUUUGAAGUUGUCCUUAGAGAAUCUGGAAUUGCGUUCCAUAAUUUUUGCGGCUAAGUAACUCCAAGAUUUUAGGCCAUAUGAGGUUGUUUUAGGCUUAGGCAAGAUCAAUAUAUUGUUGCCUGUUCCCCUAACUUUCCUACAGCUAAUUAAUUCCCUAAUACAUAGUGGCGCAUUGUUGCUGUGCAUGACUUUAAAUACAGAUGUUACAGUUUUAAUGAGUCUUUGGUUUUGAAUAGUCGCGAGGCAUAGUUGCCUCAAUAGAUCUCAAUAGUUCUUCAUAUUAACGUGGCCUGAACCUAUUUAUUCAGCAUAAAUGUGUUAUUCUUAUAUUGCGAACGUAUUCGCUGUAUGUUUCUGAUUACUCAGUUUCUUGCAACUGAAGCUUUGGGCAAGAAUACCCUUGCAGAUAGGAGAUAGUACCCCAGCAGUUUUCCUCUAUUCGUGCGUUAACUUUCACAAAUGUGUUAGCGUUGCAUUUCAAGGUUAAAUUUGACCAGCUAUUUGUGCAGCAAGUUCUACGAUUACGAUUGACUUCAAACUUGCAGAUAUAAAACUAGAGAAAUCUGAGGCUUAUUUGCCGAAGUUAGAGAAACAUCUGUCUUAACGUUUCGAAAUUAUUGACAUUUUUUUUAAAAAUGCGGUUUUAAAUAUUUCACAAUUAUUCUUUGAAAUCGAGGUGAAUAGUGGCUAAAUAUUUACCGAGCCGCGAAAGCGGCGAGGUAAAUAUUCCCAAAGCCACUAUUCACCGAGAUUGAAAAGAAUAAUUGUUUUAGUAUACACACGAAGUGAUCCCAAAGAAAUCAGAGAGGAAACCAUUAAAAAGUACGAUUUGAUUGACAGAUCAAAUCACGCGAAAGUUUAAAAAUAGAUCUUUGCAGAAUGUUCAAAUAUGGCAAUUCACAAGUUUAUCACUUUGCAAACAACAGCAUAAUGGCUUAAAUGGAACCGCUAAAAGUUUGAACUGUUUUCUUACCUGAGAAGAAAAGUGGAGCUUUGUUGUUUUCCGUUGAUGUGUCGUUCUUCGCAUGAAAUGCUGACAAAAAUGGCGGCUCGGUUGCUCGAGGUACUGACGUCGUCUUCCUGUAUCAUUCUUUUUCCUGUUUACUUGAAACGUAGAAUUUCUGCAAACAUUUCCUUUUAAACUUGUUUGUCAUAAAUAAACUUCGAUUUUAGAGCCAAAAUUUUCUUGUUAGAAAACGCUGCGUUCACGAAACGGCUUCUUCUACGCGAAUACACGGGAGUUGAAAACAAUCCAUCGAGCACAAAACUCAGCUACAGUAAAUUGAAAAGCGCCGUAUUGAAUCCUUUCAAGUCUUUUCUUGCCUUAAAAAAAGUCAACCCUAGGAUUUUGUCGACUUUUAAAAGAUCGUUCUCUAAAAAAAUGGGAAAAACACCAAGCUCACACAUUAUCCACUCGCUAGGAGGUGAAUAUUGUUGAAUAGUCCGAGAUAGCGAACCAAUCAGAUUGCUUAAAUCACCAAGAUCACUGAGUGUGUAUAUACUAAAUGCCGAUAUCUCAAACAUUUUUAUACCUACAAGAAACUAAAUAACGUUGUUUUAAAGUUCAAUCAUUCUUUAUUAAGGACGUCAAAAAUCAUAGAAAUCGGUUAAUCAUUCCUGCCGAAAAAUGCGAUUCAAAAACAUAACCAACGCGCACAUAAAUAGGUUCGGGCCACCUUAAGUGUGCUUGUCUCUAAAUACAAAUCCGAUGGCUCGCUCGUUUAUUUUCCCUAACUUGUCAGUGGCGACCUUGCUGCAAAAGUGCCACGUUUCGGAACAAUAGUUGAAACGCGGAACAAUGAAAGAUAAAUACAAAUCACGUCUAAUUUCGAAGGGUAACCUUUUUUUUCAUGCGCCUGAGUACCGCUAGUGUUAUGACUCUUUUCCAGAAACCUCCGACACGUGAUUGUCAAACUUGGUCGUCGGUGUUGACGCCAAGCAUCUCCAAAUGAGAAGAUAUGGGAAUGAUGGUUUUUUUCACACCUUACAUGUAAAGUCGGUUUGUUUUCUGUUUUACCGAGAAAUGAGACCGUUCAGAUCGUACCAUUUGUGAAAAUAAUAAAAUAGGCGAAUAGAAGUGAUAGAUAUCGAAAAGAAUAUUAUAAUUUAAAACAAAGAUGAUUGAAACUAGCCAUAUAUUAAAAGGCGUUCCUGUAUUAAUUUGGAAGGUUCCUUGUCAAAAAUGCUGAGUAUUAAAAUAGGGUAGAAUACAACUUCUAAAUCUGCGGACCCAAGUUAGGUGUAACGUGCGAAGUUACCGCUUAAGAAGAGUUGCGCUUAGCUCACGAGGAGAUUUUAUUUCAGUAAAUUUUUGUUACUUUUCUAGAAAAAAAAUUUUCAAGAUUGUUGCCUCUUUGGGCGUGAAAAUCAUAGUUACCUGUCGCUUAGAAAAAAUGUUCUGUAUGAAUUGCAUAUUUGAAGUAAAUCAUAUUUUGAGGCAAGAUCAUAAUAACUAUUACAAAGGUAAGCGAGUCAGUAUUACCAUCCCUAAUGUUUCAUUACUAUCCAUUUUCUUCCAACAAAUAUAGCUUUUCAAAGAGCUCUUCAUUAGGCAAAUGGCUAAGCUUUGUGUAGUAUUAAAACUUACUUAAAAUGAGAAUUGGUGGUUUGGAUCCAGGCAGGUAACCUGUAACAAAUGCAAGACUUUUUAAAGCCAAAAAAAAUGUCUGCAGCCUCGCUCAAACUAGUGUUGUUUCACCGGACCAUAUCCAGAAAAGUAUCUGUUCAGUUCAUGUAGAUUUACAAACAAAGCAAACAUUCGGUUAGGAAUCAUCUAGCAUAUACCUUACUCUUGAACUCGAGGAAAAAGAUGUAACCCCAAGGUGUUAAGACCUUUCUAGAAAUUUAGUGACAAAAUCAAAUAGCCUUAUCAUGUCACGAAUAUUGAAGCUGGAAAAGCUUUUAACAAGAAAAUCAAUGCGCAAUUGAAAAAUAAACAUGAAAGAUGAAUGCAGUCGGUAAUGCGGCAUGUUUAUACCGGCGACCUGCACCGAAAAUGGAUAUUCCCGGCACCUAUAACUCUCCUCCUAACGCGCGUCGGGAAAAUGUCAAAAGGAGCUUAACUGACUGAUUUUGGUAGACAAAAUUAUUUUUACCACUCUCAUCAUAAUUAAAAAUAAAACUUUUGCAUAUAAACUUGGCGUAGUUGUAAAAGUUCCUUUUUCUGAUCAACAAAGCUUGAAGUACGCAACGGAGAAAUGAACAAGAAAAAGAUAUAUUUCCGUGCAGCUUAAUUGUAAACUUGAUUUCUUAAAAAGAGCCCGGAAUUUAUUCCCGAACAAUCGCAACAUGAACGAGCUCGUGCGACAUUCUUUAAACUGUUCUACUAACAAUAAGUUAACUAAACGUCAUAAGAAAACAAUAGAAACCAAUGGACUUUGUUGCUAAGUUAUUCACACAGGAACAGGCAUGUAAAACAGCUGAGGUUAAGUUUCAUCGUCAUUUUCAAACUGUUUACCUGCAUUACAGCUUUUUUUAUUUAGAGACCUUGGAAAACGUUUUGAAAGGAUAAAGAAACCUGAGAGUAGCAAUCGGAAUAUUCAAAACAUUGCGAUGAGGUAAGAAGAUAUUAUAAUUAACUAGAAACUAUUUUUGAAUAAAUUGAAGACGUACAAGAAAAAUAACAUAAGAUGAGCACCAAAUUAAGCAUAAAGUUAAGACCCUAUGAUGCUUAAUUACCACGAAUUUAUCCCGUAAGUUUUAUUAUGUGGUAGUAUAGUUUCCUGAGCUAUCGAAGUAACAUGAAUUUACACGGUCGUUCGCCAAGGUGUUUAAUGUUUUAUGAAGCUUUGCAACCUUCGUAGUAGUUUAUCUUUACAGAUGAAGCAAUGCAACAAAGAUCAAAAAAGAAAAAGUUGCCAAACAAUUUGCAAUAAUUCACGCUUCUUGGCUCUACAUGCAUAAUUCAGAAAUAAGUAAAAUGCAAUGCCCGUAAAAAUAUAUGUUUAUUAAAAGUAAUGAUAUUCCCCGUGAGUUUUCGUUGCGAUAUUUAUAGAACUAAUGGCUGGGUAAACGAAGCACGUAAUGCAAAUUUUAGAGCCUGUAAAUUAAGUAUUGCGUGAAAUGAACUGUUGAUUUUAAGGGUGAAGAGGCGUGCAGAAUCUUAAGUGACAUCUCUUGGUAAACACUAUUGCCUUAAAGAAUAUCUUAAAUAUUCCCUCAUAUCGAUUUCGACAAACUGCGACACAUUUCCACUGGCUGCAUUAAAUUGCACCUUCGUCACUAACUCGUAUGUCAAAAUCGACACACUUGUCACAAAAUAACCGUUCAUUUUAAUCAAAGCGCCCAAAUAAGUUCCUCUUACUUUUCAAUUUUGCAAGCUGCAACGUUCCACAAAUAGCGACUCUUUGCUUCCACUUCGGAAUUCACCAAGUCAUUUCAUUUAUUACUGAAGGUAUAGGAAAAUGUAUUUUACUUCUAGGAAAGUAGCCUAUCGUUUGUAAUUAAUUAAGAUUUACGGUUGGCUUUGGCUGUUUAGUAAGACAGCGUAAGGCACCAAAAUUUUAGGCUGAAUAAUUUUUUUAUGUUUCUUUUAUGAAUCUUCAGUUCUAGAAGAUGAAUUUCUGGUGCAGAGAUAUCUAUCUAGAUUUCUGAACUUCCAAAAUAAUAAUAAUAACUUUGCUGUUUUCAUUUGAAAAAUACCGUGGAAUCUUUUAAAAGAUAUUUCCAGGAGCAAAAAAAAAAAACGAUAAAAAAAACGUCACGCAAUAACGAAUCUGUUUGGAUGGAAAGAUGUUAAGAAAGAAGAAAAAACAAAUUGAAAUAAAAUUUUGUUUAUAUCGAACGUGUUAUAAUUUUCCUUCGUGAAAUCGUACAAGUUUUAUUCUAUGACAAAGCUGUUUUCGUUUAUUCUUCCGGUGGUUAAACGUUGUGUUGUCUUUAAUACAGAUGGAGCUUUGGUGGAUCAUUUUAGCUGGUUGCGGAGGCGGACUUCUCUUGAUUGCAUACGUGGGUUUUGUCAUCUAUAAAAUUGUUCGUCAUAGAAAGAGGUAAGACCUGUUUUUAACGGCUAAAAAGUUUUAGAUAUAAAUUAAAAGUACGCCUCCAUAAAUGUCUAGCCGGCGACGUAGGGGUUAUAAUGCAUAAACCUUUAUCGAAGCGGUGGAUAUUUGAAAACCUAUCAUUAUUUCGAACGUUCUUAUACAGGAAGCCCAAGCUUAACAAAAAUAUGAAAUAAGAAACCUUGUAUGGCGUAUAACUUUAUUAAAUUAUUAUUGUUGUUACUUACAAUGAACUUCAUUUAUUGUAAAUUAUUACGUAACAGAACCUGUUAUAACUUCCCCCUGUAAAACGAUAGUUUUUUUCCAGUCCUUUGGCAUCUUCUUAUACCAGGGCAAACAAGAACUCAAACGUAGGAGCAAAGAAGGUCUCAAGUAUUUAGCAUAAUUAUUCAUGACUCUCCAUAUGUCACCCGUUUAUUACAGCUUGGACACGAAUUUUCAUGAACUUACCGCUUAUGUAACGGGUUUUCUUGAACUGCGACGUAAUAACGCAGUUGCUUCAGAGUUUUCAUGGAGUUCUUGCAGGUAGUGUUUUAUUUCUCGCUGACCGGCGAAAUAUAAAUUUCUCCACAUUCACAUCCACUGCGUGUAAUAGUUCAGUCUAGUAAAUUUUUAUGUGCAGUAAAUCACAUUUGAGAACUGCGGAUGAAACCGAAAGAUUGUGGAUACAUACGAUCCCCGAAUCCCGGUCACUGACGAAAAGGAUUUGCUUGUUAAUGUGGGCAUCCACAUUCAGUUCAGUCUAGUCUUUUGUUUCUCCGUUGUCCUCCAUCUUUUGGCCUCUAACUAAACUUUCCCCGAUUCUGGAAUCUUUAAAGUACCAAUAUUUCAGUCCUAUAACCUUGGAAAUCCGUCAAAACAUCCGUAUAUUCCCGAAACUUAGAGCUUGUAAAAUGUCAGACUGCGAGCCGUCUUUACUUGGUCUUUUAGUUGGUGGGAUAGUUAGUACAGAUGCGCGUCUAGACCUCCCUUCUCGCGUGAAAUCCCUCCAUUUUCGGAGAGACCGUUUGCAGUCAAGCAUAAAGCCACAUUUUGACAAACAUAUAAACAGAAUUGCUAGUAGAACAAACUUGCUUGUUGUGUCUUUCAAAGGUUUUUCAUUUAUUGCGUUCUUAAUUUCGGUUGCAGGAAGUACCAAAGGGACCCGGAGGGACUGACGGACGGUAGAGAUUGGACAGUCCACAUACACGAUCAUUUCGAAAGAAGAGUAGACGGUCUGUGUAUGGAUACCAUUUCAGGUUCAGCUAAGCUUCGUCGCAAGCCCAUUAUUCCAGGGGAAGAGGAAGCUGUAUUACAAUCUAUUUUCAAGGUAUCAAGCCCACCAAAUGUCCCAAAAGGCAAACACGACGGCCCACAAAGAACAUCAGGCGAAAUGUCACGAUUAAACGGGGUAACUGGACCUAAUAAUACAAGUCCUAAAGUAAUCCAAAGAUCUGAAUACACCUGGGAGAAUUUACUACGUCAACCGAGUGAUGUGAGGAUGACACGAAGCCACACCAUUAAUCAUGAUCUCACAGACCACAGAUCACCAAUGAGGCUGGAUGCCACAACUCGUUCUUUGAAUUUUGACAGAGACCUCCAAAGACGGCAGCAAAAAGUUAGAAGUAAAUCCCUUAGGGCACACAAAUCCCGUGAACCAGAAUCAAACAACUUAAUUUCUGUCGACGAAACAAUACCAUUUACCAGAAUAACUGUCUGCGAGAGACCUGGUCAGGACAUUAACAAAAACGAAAGCUCGGAAAAAAGCCCUCUGUGCACAAAUACUAUGACGACGGCGACUGAACACAGCAAAAGCGACAGGUCCACUGAUAAAAGCAGACGAAUUAGCCGAUCAGGGUCUGUACCAUCUAUGCGAGCCAGGGAAAUGGUCCUACAACGUGAAGGAGACGUUCUUCCACGAGAAAGAAGUGAAUCUCUCCGAUGGAUUCCAGAGCCUGAUUAUCAGUUGGAGUCGAUGGAGGAAAUUGUUAAAAGUGUAAAGAGCCUUGACACAAAAGAACGCCUCGAGAGGAGUAAUCGAAACAAGGAUCUAGUUAAUUUUCAGGCAAAUAAAACCCAAGAUGUGAAUAAAACAAGGAGGAUCAGCAGAUCCGGGUCGGCGCCUUCCACCCAAGCCAAGGAAACAGUAAUGAAAAAUGAAGCAGACGGACUCCAACGGAAAAGAAGUGUUUCACUUCGAUGGAUUCCAGAGCCAGACUACCAAUCUGUCACGAUUGAUGAGCUUGUCUCCGCAACUCAAUCUACUGAAGAAGAUUAUCACAGACAAAAAGCAAUACGCAGUGAGUCUGGAAGUGGGGAACUAGUCGGCAUUGAGAAAACAGAAAAUUUAGACAGAAAUAAGAACGAAUCGUCUAGUCGUUUCAGCAAAGACGGUGGUGAUUUUGUUCGUAAAUUCUCAAUACCGGGUGUGGCCCAGCGUAUAUCGACAGAUAAGGCUUUAGAGAAAAGCCGUGCCAUUGUAAGUGACUUACAUAAUGAAGAAGCAGGCUUAGACAAGGAUCGCAUUCAGGCCCUCGAUCAUCAAAUUCCACCAGAAAGGCCAAACUCUGGCCAGUACGAAGGUACUACAGCCCAACGAAAUACAGUUGAUGAAAGAGCAGCGAAUCAAGGACAUUCCAAUAGCAACAGUGACCCAGAAACACGGGUAAAUCUUAAGAAAAUACCAGCAGUAGAAGAAAAGAGAAAUGAAUAUGUUAUAGGGAAUAACCAAAGUGUCGUAUCUUCUGUUAAUAAACCAUCAGAAGAAGCAUCGAUUGGGAAAAUGAAAAUCGUAAAAAACGAGACUCGCCCUUGGAUGGUCAGUCAGGAAAGAACUCUCAAGUAUCCAAUAAAAGACAAUUCCGCAACUGGUUUAAAUUCAACUUCCACAAAGCCAAAAUCACAACCGACGUCGACGGGAAAUGCAGCUUAUGAACACAACAAACCUGACCUGGGGUCACGUCUAAGCACAAGUGACCUGGUAAAGGCCGCUUUGAGGAAUCAAACCAAGAGCAACGACUAUAAUAACAAUAUCGUAGUCACUAUGCCAUUAACUACAACAGCGCCACCUUCAGACAAUCAAGUUCUGGAGGUACCAGAUAUAGCCCUCAAAGCAGACUCGAGUUUGGCAGCAACCGACCUAAAGCCGAAUGUCUCAACACCAAAAGAUAACGACGCCGGUCUCACACUUGAAGAAAGAAAGAGACAUUGGAAGCGUGAGCAGAUAGUCGAUCAGCUACAUAGUGCUCGACAAAAUAACGUAAACCAGAACUUCAUAUUUGGAACUGGUCUAGCGUACCAGUCUUGUAUGCCAGAACUGCAAAACAAACUAAAACAACUAACAAUGACAAAGUAA